AUGCAGCUAUCAAGACUUUCCCUCGUCACUCUUAUCCUUACAUCUUUCUCUGCCGCAAUUAGCCUAGAGGAAACCAUUGACGCUCGCGAUAUCGUUCUCGCGAAAGCCGCGAGCGAGACUGUCCAGAAGCGAAACAUCGAGGUUCGCACGCCCAAACCCAAGAAAGUUAAGACUAGUGGUGGUGGGGAUGACGACGACGACGACGACGAUCCAAACUCUGCGGCUUCCGUCCAUCUUAACAUGGCACUCAUAGCUGGUGCCGGCGCUGUCGCUGUUGCUGCAAUGAUGCUUUAA